GCAUUCGAUUAACCAUUACGUAAGCAAAAUGAUAUCAUUGAUAAAAAAUGUAGUAUCAUUAGUAAUCGAAACUAUCAGGCUAUAUUUAUGACAUCAGGAAGAAAUAUUCAGCAUGUUCAUUCCGUGUUCAACUAAUUCGAGGAGUUAGGAUCAUUAUUCAAUUUUAAUAACAAAUAUAAUGACAAUAUAUAUUUUUUAAUUGCAGUGCAUUUACGAAUUUAUUAAAAAAAAAAUAGGAUGAAUACAUUAAGUAAAGAACUAUUUAUACAACUUAAUAUUAUUAAUUUGUAAAGCAUCUUUCAUUCCAAAGAAUCCUAUAUGUGCACUGUCAAAUGGUUAGUUAUACUGAACAAAUAGGUACAUUUAAAAUGGUCCAUCUUAGCUAAUAGCCCUGUUUUUCAAAAAUAAUAACCAAAAUACUCCAAAUGAUAGCAAUUAGAGGCACAAAAUUUAACUCAUUUUUUAAAUUAUAUCCAUAUGUUUUUAUAUGUCUUAACUAGUUAUGAUAAAUGACAUCUAAUUGCAUUACAGUUAUGUUUAAUAAGUUUUCAUCUCUAACAACAAUUAAUCCACUGUUUACCAUCCAUCUUAUAUACCUUUUCUUAGUUUUGAAAACAUCAUUAAUUUUCUCUAACAACAUAUUUAUUAAUUUUGUAUAUGCUUUUAAUGAUAUUUCAUUCCAUAUUUUUGUAAUAUAUUUCCAUAAUGCAUUAUUACUCUAAUUUUCAUAUCCAGUUGUCUAAGAUAGUAGUUUACAUCAUUUCAAAUAGUAUUUCAUACAAAAUGAUUUAUAAUAUAAUGU